CAAAUCCAAAAGAAUGGCGAAUAUGGUGAAGGAAAAGAAGUUGUGGAUUCUUGUAAAAAGAUUCGAUUUACUCCCAGAUAACUGUCAGGAUGAAACUGAUGUGUCCGAACAGCUGAAGUGCAUUCAAAUUCAGGAUGAUUAUGAUUCAGACACGGUUCAAAAUGUUCUGAAAGACGCAUUUCGCUUACAGGACAGUAAUCUGGUUUUAAAGCUUCGGAAUCACAGACAAUCACUCAUACCUAUCAAUGGGAGAAUCUUAGCGAAUUCAAAGCUUUGUCCAUACAUUCUGGAGGUUGUUCGUCUUCACCAACACAUCACGCCACAACCCCGCAGUGACGAGAUGACGUCUUAUCACGAAUCAUGGAGAGUCAAGUUGCAGAAUUAUAACGACAGGAUUGGGAAGCUCGAGGCAGAACUUCCACAGCUGGAGAAAAGAAGAUCUGGAGGAAUCGACAGGGCCACUGAAGAAUUUGACAAAAAGUUAUCGUUUCUGCAGAAGAGGAUUGACGAGGCGGAGAUGACUGGAUGGAAAGGGAUGUUCCGGAAGGCACCUCUCUGGUGAUGAGGCAGCAGGUGUACAAAGAACUUUCCUGUCAUAUUUAAAGGAUCAAAGCUGUUGUAUGUGAUGUCUUCAUGUGUUAUACAAAGUUUCAGCAAAUUUGCAUGCAUGAUAACUGAUAUGGCAUUGUGUAUCAAUGCAUUUCUAUUUUCGCGAGCCACCAGUAAAUGUGAACAGUAUACUCAUUUUAAGAGAUGUAUAAUUUGAAAUGUGGAGGGUCUUUGACUGGUGAAGAGAUUGUUUCUUUUGUGUAUUUACUCAAAAUAUUGAAAUAAUAAUGACAAGUGUUUGUAUCAUGACAUCUGAAAAAAUGUAUUUAUUUAUUGGAGAUUAUAAUUUUAUGUUAUGUAUCAAAUCUUAUUGUGUUUUUUCUGAAAAAAGUUCUCCAAUCAGUACUCAGUACAAAGUGUGGAAGAAGACACCUUGAAAAUAACGUUUAUAAUGCCAGUCUCA